UCGCGGAUCUGACCUGAGAUCAGCCUUCACAGAUUCACACGCGCAGUCAUGGGCGCGCACUGACGCGUUUAACUGACCUCAGACCAGCUGUCUGUUCCCCUUCGCUCCUCACGUGUGGUAACCCUGUACCCGCUUCCUCCUGCUGACAGUCGGCGGCACCGUGAAGGUCCAAACAUGCUCAUGGCCCUGAGAGCGGUGUAUCCCGGCCGGGCAUGCCGGCUGCUUCCCGGUACCGUCUUACAGAGCCCGGCUGUCCGGUCCAAACACACCGUUUACCGGAGAGACACCGGGCUGCCGGCGCAGAGAGUUCACUGCUGCCUGGUGAACGUGAGUCAGUGGCACACCUGCAGGACAACUCAGUGGUUGAAUCGACACUGGAGAACGUUUUCCUCAUUGCCUCCACCGCCCUCGUCACAGCCUAAGAAGUUCGGGCCCGUGACGUGGAAAUCUUUAGCAGUAACGCUUGCUCUCGGGGGCUCUCUGCUCGGAGUGAUGAAAUAUUUCAAGAGUGAAAAGGAAAAUCUGAUGGAGAAAGAACGGAUCAAGUCGAUGGGCCGGCCGGCGCUCGGCGGCCCGUUCUCGCUCGUCGAUCACAACAACAAACCCGCCAAGAGCGAGGACUUCCUCGGCCAGUGGGUGCUCAUCUAUUUCGGGUUCACUCACUGCCCCGACAUCUGCCCGGACGAGCUGGAGAAGAUGAUCGAAGUGGUCGACGAAAUCGAUAACAUGAAGAGUCUUCCGAACCUGACGCCGAUCCUCAUCACGAUCGACCCGGAGAGGGACACAGCAGAGGCCAUGGCUGCAUACGUGAAAGAGUUUUCCCCGAAGCUGAUCGGCCUGACGGGAACGGCGGCUCAGAUCGAGGAGGUUUCCCGAGCGUACAGAGUUUAUUACAGCCAGGGACCAAAAGACGAAGACGGCGACUACAUCGUCGAUCACACGAUCAUCAUGUACCUCGUGGGACCCGACGGAGAGUUCGUGGAAUAUUUUGGACAGAACAAGAGAAACGUGGAGAUCACCGGCUCGAUAGCAGCGUACAUGAGAAAACACAAGAAGGCGAAGUGAGAAAGAGACGCUCAGUUUGAACUUUAAUGUAUUUAUUAUCCAUAAAACUCACACUGCUGCUGAACGUAUAAAAAUAAAUGAUAGUAAAGAGGAAACACGUGAAGACAAAUGUUGUAAAUAAAGUGAUUUUGUCAUAAAAA